GUUUCCGAGUCUCGAGUGUACGACUAUGGUGAGCAAUGGGCGGUCUUCCUUCUGUUUGAAGAGUUGCAAAUUCUGACCAACGCGACAGCUGUGUGCAGAAGAUGCCCGCGUACAACGAGCCGUGGCUCACCUGUUGAAUGCGUUCGCAGGCCUGUUCAAAGCAAUCACCUGCUAUGUGCUCUAUUACAUAUUCAGGACCGCAGUCGCCGACCUCGGCAAGUUGGUUGAUCAUAAGUCCCUUUCCCAAGUCGCUCUCGAGAAGCGAAACAGUCGUGGACAGAGUGCAUCAGAAUCUCAUGCAUAUGGAGCAGAUGCGUCAAAUCGAGGCUCGGGAUCGGAGAAGAAGGAGCGGUAGCGAUAUAGAUCAGCAGCGGGUGCAAGCAACUCGUGAUCAUCGGCGGAAGGAAGCGGAGGCAUCCAACAGGAUCAAUCUACUGACGUCCUGUAUGCGACUUCUUCACGUCUCUUCCCUUCUCAAGUCUCGUGUGUGUAAUUACAUCUUUCAAGAUUCAGAGAAUGAUGAUGCUCUGGUCCGAGCAGAGAUGCCUAAUCUGGUACACGCAGUCGCAACUCUCAUCAAAUGCAUCGCCUUUUACAUAACAAUGCGUGCAUUGAAAGUGCUCGUUGUCGAUGUUUUGAGAGUGGACCUCGGCCCUGCCGCCGAAGCUUUCAUUGGUGAAUUGAGAAAUCACGCCAAACCACCAAGCUUCCACACUCAAGGGAGAAACUGGUCGAGCGAAGAAGCAGGACAAGAGAAACGAGGGAUCUGAGAGACUUCAUAUUGAUGUACUUCUGGACUGGCCGAUUUUCGUGCUUAAUGUCUCAGCAAUUCGAAGUUAGGUAAAAGACCCCGUAUCAGCAGUGCACCAGUCAUUCCGAGGUGUGAGAGGGCAUGAUAUCGCUCAUAGAUGAUGGCGACCGGGUGAUGGUCUCGACGAACUCGAUGUAGA